AUGUCUGGGCGCGGAAAGCAAGGAGGGAAAGCCCGUGCCAAGGCGAAGACCCGCUCUUCGCGGGCCGGACUUCAGUUCCCUGUGGGCCGAGUUCACCGGCUGCUUCGCAAGGGUAACUACUCCGAGCGGGUCGGUGCCGGGGCCCCGGUGUACUUGGCGGCGGUGCUGGAGUACCUGACCGCCGAGAUUCUGGAGCUGGCGGGCAACGCGGCCCGGGACAACAAGAAAACCCGUAUUAUCCCGCGUCACCUACAGCUAGCCAUCCGCAACGACGAGGAGCUCAACAAGCUGCUGGGUCGUGUAACCAUCGCUCAGGGGGGUGUCCUGCCCAACAUCCAGGCGGUGCUGCUGCCCAAGAAGACUGAGAGCCAUCACAAGGCCAAGGGCAAGUGA